GUAACCUACACCACCACUAUCCAUCUCACACACGAUUUUAAUUCAAAUAAAAGAAGAGAGCUGUUUAGAGUUUAUAUAUAGAAAGAUGGAGUCGCAAGUGCAUGAUGAGCCGUUGACCCCUGCCGGCCGGCUGUUUCGCCAACCUGAGAUGGACCAAAUCGUACACGCGAUCGCCGGCGUCAAGAAUCCGUUCGACGUAGACGCCGUUAAAUCGGCUUUCGCGAACUCUCUGCUGCUCAAAAACCCAAGAUUCUGUAGCCUGCUGGUCAAAGAUUCCAACGGGCGCGAAAGCUGGCGGAGAACCGAAGUCAACAUUGACGACCACUUCGUCAUCCUCCCGGACCCUCUCGGCGACGACCCGUUGGUGUCGGACGAGGAUGCGCUCAACGGCUACCUCGCCGACCUCGCCGUCUCCACGCCGCUCCCCGCCGACAAGCCACUGUGGGAAGUCCAUCUCCUUCUCGCCCACAAAUGCGGCUUUCUCCGAAUCCACCACUCCCUCGGAGAUGGGACUACGAUCAUGUCCCUGUUCCUCUCUUGCUGCCGGAAAACCAGCGAUCCCAGCCAGCCGCCGUCAGCGGGUGGUGUCGGAGCAGGACGUAGUCGGAGGAGGUGGGGCAUUAAGGAGGUGGCGAUGGUGGUGUGGUACACGGUGGCGUACGUUUUCGAGUUUCUACUGAGGAGUCUGUGGCUGAAGGAUAAGAAGACGGCUCUGAGCGGCGGUGCUGGGGUGGAGCUUUGGCCGCGGAAGUUGGCCACCGCUAAGUUUACCAUUAACGACAUGAAAACAGUUAAGAAUGCGGUUGCUGACGCGACCAUCAAUGAUGUACUUUUCGGAGUCGUUGCAUGUGGGCUAUCAAGGUACCUUGCCCUCGGAUCUUCUAAAGAAGUGAAGGACGGCGUCCGGAUCACUGGUAUGGCGAUGGUAAAUUUACGGCCACAACCUGGGCCUCAGGAGAUGACAAAGUUGAUGAAUAGCGAUAAAUCGGGCACCAUGUGGGGUAAUAAAUUUGGGUUCAUGCUCUUGCCUGUGCAUUGCUUUCACGCUCCCAACGAUCCUCUCCAAUUUGUCAAGAGAGCCAAAUCUAUGAUUGACAAGAAAAAACUAUCCUUAGAAGCCAUUUGCUCCUACAAAAUUGCGGCUUUUCUCAUGUCUUUCCUUGAUAUUAAGCUCGUGAGCAUGUUCAACUAUCGGAUCAUAUGUAACACAACAUUCGCGAUCUCAAAUGUGAUUGGCCCACAAGAAGAGAUCUCCAUUGCAGGCAACCCCGUUACAUACAUAAGAAACUCCCCAUCAAGCUGCCCUCAUGCAAUCACAAUACAUAUGGUGAGUUAUAAUGGCAAAGCAGACCUGCAAAUCUUGGUUGCCAAAGACAUCAUUCCCGACCCGGACGUUCUAGCCAGGUAUUUUGAAGAUGCUUUGAUGGAAAUGAAAAAGCAAGCUGCAGAGGAACAACCCACAUCAGGGUUUUAAAUUGUGGUUGGAGCAAUGGUUGCACAUUAUGAGAUUUGCGGCUAAUGUGGCAUGAAACAAUUUUAAGUUCGCAUAAGAUAGAAAUAAAAUGUUUUUUUUAUUUCUUCUACACUUCUUCUAUUAAUAAUUAUUAAAUAGUGAUGCAUUUAUCUAGAAUAUUCUAUGUAGAAAAGGCUAGAGAUGAUCUAGAGAGUUAAAGCUAGAAAGUAUUCUAGAAAAUUCUCUACUAGAGAAUUCUUAUGUAAAAUCUAGAGUAAUUAGACAUAGAUGUAGAAUACUCUAGAAUCAUAGCAUUUAAUAAGGAUCUAGAAUGAUCCUCUAGCUCCUAUAAAUAGGACUCAUUGUACUCAUUUGCAAACCAAGCAAAACCAAGAAACAUCAAUACAA